AUGCCUACUUGGUAUUUAGAGAGAUUGUAUCGAUAUAAAAAACGAAUUGACAAGAAAUCCAACAAAGAUGAAACCGACCAAGCCCGAUUAGAACUCUGCAAGCCAGGAGUAGGAAAAAGUGAAAUCUCUCAAAGACUAGCCCAAGCCUUAAAAAGACCGAUCCAAAUUAUCAAUGUCGGAGGAAUGGACGACGGAGGAGAAUUAGAAGGCAAAAGGGCAACCUUACAAUCUGCCAAUUACGGAAAAAUGAUGGAAGCUUUUGUGGAAAGGAGUUUUUUGGCUGAAAUUACUAUUGAAGACUUAGAAAGAGAAAUCCAAGAAAUUAAGACUAGAAAAGAAGUUAUUAAUGAAGGAACUGAUGAUCAGAAAGUAAUUGAGGUAGAAAGAAAACCCCAAACUAUUACGGAAUGA